GUUAACCAAGAGGCGCGUUUCUCUCUUGCAGGCUGGUGGGAAGGCGGGAAAGGACAGCGGGAAGGCCAAGGCCAAGGCGGUGUCGCGCUCACAGAGAGCCGGGCUGCAGUUCCCGGUGGGCCGGAUCCACAGACACUUGAAGACUCGCACCACCAGCCACGGGCGAGUGGGAGCCACCGCUGCCGUCUACAGCGCUGCCAUCCUCGAGUACCUCACCGCAGAGGUGCUGGAGCUGGCGGGCAAUGCUUCCAAAGAUCUGAAGGUGAAGCGGAUCACUCCUCGCCAUUUGCAGCUGGCGAUCCGCGGGGAUGAGGAGUUGGAUUCGCUCAUCAAAGCCACCAUUGCCGGUGGGG